AUGGAUCAACCUGGUCAAGGGCCUCAAGGCACCACAACGCCUCAACGCAACUCUAUAAUCCACAUGACCACCUUCUUCUGGGGUAAACAAGUGGAGAUCCUCUUCCCUGGUUUCCCUGACCAGAACCUUGGUUUAUAUGUGCUAUCUCUCUUCUUUGUGGCUGUGCUUGCAGCCACUGUUGAGGUCUUGAAGGUUACAACCGAUGCUGGAAAGCAGCAGCGGAGGGAAAAUAAUCCGAGAAAAACUUGGUUGAUACAAAGUGGUGUACACAUGCUUCGAGUGGGUCUUACUUAUAUGGUUAUGCUUUCUGUCAUGUCUUACAACGCUGGUAUAUUUCUUGCUGCCGUCGCCGGCCACACUCUUGGAUUCUUUGUUUCAACCCGUCCUGUAGCCUCUCUGGUCCAACCGGACUUGAUCAAAGAGAUGAAUCUCUCCAGCACCAAAUCUUCUUCUAUGGAAGCCUAG